AUGGCCACCGCCGGCAUGCACCACCUCCGCCGCCGCGACGUCGUCCACUACGCCGACAUCGAGCCCCGUUCGAACGCCUUCGUCGGCUGGGAGCGCGUCCGCCAUCGCCAGGCCCACUGGUUCGUCGAGUGUGCCGCAGAGUUUAUGGGCGUGUUCUUCUACGUGUACGCCGGCGUCGGUUCCACCGCCAACUUCCUUCUGGGCGGCGCCGCAGGCAUCGCCGGCCUCUCGUCCAUGUUCCAGAUCGGUGCCGCGUACGCGUUUGGUAUCCUGUUCGCGCUCAUCGUCUGCGCACCGACCUCUGGUGGACACUUUAACCCCGUGAUCACCGUCUGCCUUACUCUCCUCGGCAAGUUCCCCGCCAAAAAGGCCCCUCGCUACAUCGCCGCCCAGAUCUUGGGAAGUUACGUGGCAUGCCUGCUCAUCUACGUCCAGUGGUACGACUAUAUCAAGGAAGUGACCGAGGUCCUCGAGGCGUCCGGCAAGCUCGAGGCAGUCAUGUUCACGCCCAACGGCCCGGCUGGUGUUUUCGCACUCUAUGCCCCCACCGGUGUCUCCCUUGGCCGCAUCUUCUUGAACGAAUUCGUCUGCGACUUCCUCAUCGGCCUCGUCAUCUUCGCCUCGGUUGACCCAACCAACUUUGGUGCGACGCCCGCCACUGGCCCCUGGAUCAUCGCCUUUGCAUACGCGACCAUGGUUUGGGGCUACGCCACCGUCGGCAUCGCGACCAACGCCGCGCGCGACGUCGGCGCCCGCCUCAUGGCACUGACCAUCUGGGGCCUCCCCGCCGGGGGCGGAUCCUACGCCGCGAUCGCCGCACUGACGAACUUCCCCGCGACGAUCUGCGCGAUGCUCUUCUACACCUACGUCCUCUCCGACUCCAGCCGCACCGUCACGCCCGCGUGGGUCGACUACUUCGCCGCGCACCUCGCCCACGCCGAGCACUCGCAGGAGAGCCACGGGCGGGUCGGCCCCCACAACGUCGCCGCGGCCGACAACGACUCCGUCCGCAGCAAGGCCUCGCACCAGCAGGUCGAGUCCGUCUGA